GCAUUCGAGCGAUCGAAGUGUCGCGUGCGUAAGGUUUGGUUCGAUCAAUUUGGUUGGUUAGACUUUGUACUCCGUUCGAAACACACGUGCGGGUAGAGAAAAGCGGCUCGGUACAGCACGGAGCCGAGUAGUGUGCCGCCCCGUGAAAAAGUUGCUUCGUCUAUCGUGUCUAUCCGUGCUCUCUUUUCUCUCUCUUUCUCUCUUUCUCUAUUUAUCUAUCUUUCUGUCUGUCUAUCUAUCUAUCUAUCUAUCUAUCAAUCAUCAAUCAAUCUAUUUAAUCUGUCUUUAUUGUAACAUUUCGAAAAUUAACAAAAAGAAAGAAAGAAAGAAAGAAAAAAAGAAAUAAAGAAAAAAAAAAAGUAAGUGGCGCGAUCUCAGACAAUCGAGUGGAUUUAUCCGUUAAAAUUUAACAGUCGAGAUUGGUGUUAAUUUUGAAAUAUCGGUUUAAAAAUUUAAAUUAACUUUAACGUUAAUUUGUCAUCGACGAGGAAUGGCACUGGGCGCUCAGAUCGAGGCAUCCGGGGAAAACGGGAGCGUGAAAAUACCAUUGCUGAACGGCACCGAGGAUCAGAACGAAACCGAAGUGAAGCAGAACGGUGAAGAAAGUGGUAGCACCAGUACAAUUGCAGAAAAUGUUGUAGAAAAGGGCGAGGUUGAAGCUACGAAGGAAGGGGAAAAAGAAAAGGAUAAGAAGGAAGAAAAAGUUGAUAAAGAACAAGACAAGGAUAAAGAACAAGACAAGGAUAAAGAAAAAGAUGGGGCAAAUGAACAGGAAGUUGUUUAUAUCCAAGAUAUGGGAUUUACUGUUAAAAUCGUUAGCCCUGGCGCCGAGCCAUUUGAUAUUCAGGUGUCUAGCAUGGAAUUGGUACAGGAAAUCCAUCAAUUACUUAUGGAUCGUGAGGACACUUGUCAUCGUACCUGUUUUUCCCUUCAACUCGAUGGUAACACGUUGGACAAUUUUGCCGAGUUGAAAAAUAUUGAGGGCCUAAAAGAAGGUUCCGUUAUUAAGGUCGUAGAAGAACCUUACACGAUGCGAGAAGCUCGUAUACAUGUUCGACAUGUUCGAGAUUUAUUGAAAUCUGUAGAUCCUACGGACGCUUACAAUGGCGUUGAAUGUAGUAGUCUAUCGUUCCUAAACGUCGUUACCAAUGGUGAUAUUCUUGAGAAAAAGAAAACUCGUGCGGAUUCGGUCGAUUGCACUCCACCGGAUUACAUUAUACCUGGCUGUAAAGACAGGCCAUUAUUACCUUUGCAACCUCAAGCUAAAGAACAAAAAUGUCCGCCGUGCCUAAAAGUGUUAACUACGUCCGGAUGGAAUCCACCUCCAGGUCACAGAAAAUUACACGGUGAUCUUCUAUAUUUACAUGUUAUAACUCUGGAAGACAAGCAGUAUUAUUUAACGGCCUGUGCUAGGGGUUUCUUUGUUAAUCAAUCAACAAAGGAGGUAUUUAAUCCAAAACCAGCAACGCCGAGUCAUUUGUGCCAUAGCUUGAUAGAGUUGUUGAACCAAUUAAGUCCAGCUUUUAAACGAGGCUUCGCUGCCAUGCAAAGACGAAGAACCCAGAGACAUCCUUUCGAAAGAGUCGCCACGCCCUAUCAACUUUAUGCAUGGAGUGCUCCACAAACUGAGCAUACUAUUGACGCUAUACGUGCCGAAGAUACUUUCUCAUCCAAAUUGGGUUACGAGGAACACAUUCCAGGACAAACGCGAGAUUGGAAUGAAGAGUUGCAAACUACCAGAGAAUUGCCUCGUAAAAAUUUACCCGAGAGAUUGUUAAGAGAACGUGCCAUUUUUAAGGUUCACAGUGAUUUUGUCGCAGCAGCGACUCGAGGCGCGGUAGCCGUAAUCGAUGGCAACGUCAUGGCCAUAAAUCCGGGCGAGGAAGCUAAGAUGCAAAUGUUUAUUUGGAACAAUAUUUUUUUCUCUUUAGGCUUCGAUGUACGAGAUCAUUACAAGGAACUUGGUGGUGAUGCUGCCGCAUUCGUUGCUCCUCGUAAUGAUUUGCAAGGGGUUAGAGUUUAUGCUGCUGUUGAUUUACUUGGACUCUAUACUCUUGGCACUGUUGUUAUAGAUUAUAGAGGUUAUCGUGUUACUGCUCAAUCUAUUAUCCCAGGAAUCUUAGAACGUGAACAAGAACAAUCUGUUGUAUAUGGUUCUAUAGAUUUUGGGAAAACUGUUCUUACACACCCUAAAUAUAUUGAAUUGUUAAACAAAGCUGGACAGCAAUUAAAAAUAUUGCCUCACAAAGUAAUUAAUGAUACUGGAGAGGAAGUUGAGCUUUGUAGUAGCGUAGAAUGUAAGGGUAUCAUUGGAAAUGAUUCUCGUCAUUACGUUCUAGAUUUACUCAGGACUUUCCCACCCGAUGUUAAUUUCUUAAAACUGGAAGGAGUUGAGUUAAGUAAGGAAGCAAGAGCAUUAGGUUUUCCGAUUGAACAUAAACAUAAAUUAGCUUGUCUUCGUCAAGAAUUAAUCGAUUCCUUCGUCGAAGCUAGAUACGUUCAAUUUAUUAGACAUGCUGCCAUUCAUCUUCAACAACUCACGUCUGCACGAAAAUCUCAGAAGGAAAAAGAAUCUUCUUCAAAGGAAAAUAAAAAAGAUGAAACAACCGUUGUAGCUGUUGAUAGUAACAAAGAAGUCUCAACCCAAUCUUUGAUGGAGGCCGAUGAAGCGAAAAAAAUUGUUGAGAGCAUUACUGAUUCUAUAACAGGAGGUGAAAAACAAGAACUUGAAGAAAGUACUAAGGAAAUAGUUCGUAGAGCCGCAGCAGCUGUUGGAAGUUUACGAGAUGCAGAAUUUGAUGUAAGAUUUAACCCAGAUGUUUUCUCACCUGGUGUACGUCAUCCAGAUCCUAAUGGAGCUACUUUGAAGAAACAAAAGCAAUUGGUCAAGGAUGCUGCAGAUUUUCUUUUAACCGUACAACUUCCAACUUUCAUUCGAGAAUGUUUAGAUCAUACAGCUGCUGCCAUGGAUGGUAGCACUUUGAUAGAAGCUUUGCAUGGUAGAGGUAUUAACGUUCGUUAUCUUGGAAAAUUAGCGGUUAUGUUAGCUGCUGUACCACAGUUAAGAUAUCUCAAUCGUAUCGCUGUUUCCGAACUUAUUUUACGAUCGGCUAAACAUAUUUUUACAUCUUAUAUGCAGGGUACUGAAUUAAUGAGCCUUUCGGCAGCUAUUAGUCAUUUUUUAAAUUGUUUACUAUCUUCAGCACAAAUCAUACAUCCUCAACAAAAUCUUGAAGAAUUGCAAAGCAAAACGGCAAAAAGACGUAAUAAAAGAAAGGGUAGAAAUAAUGGUCCACAACAGUCAGAAGUAGAAUGGGCAUCUUUGACGCCUAAAUCACUUUGGCAACAAAUUAAAGCAGAUCUGAAGGGUUAUUACGAUUGGGAAACACCAACUCCGGAAUCACUGGAUUCUACGAUCGAACAUUUCCAUUUGCAAAAGAUAUCCUUGCUUCGUGGUUUUUGUAUAAAAACGGGUAUUCAAAUCUUACUUCGCGAAUAUAAUUUUGAAAAUAGAAAUAGAGCCACUUUCUUUGAGGAAGAUAUUUUGAAUAUUUUCCCUGUUGUUAAACAUAUCAAUCCUAGAGCUAGCGAUGCUUACAAUUUUUAUACAACUGGACAAAGUAAAAUUCAGCAAGGUUAUUUGAAAGAUGGUUAUGAAUUAAUUAGUGAAGCAUUAAAUUUGUUGAAUAAUGUUUAUGGUGCUAUGCAUCCUGAAAUUGCACAAUGUCUUAGAAUGCUUGCAAGGUUGAAUUAUAUAAUGGGUGAUCAUGGAGAGGCGUUAGCAACUCAACAAAAAGCUGUGCUCAUGUCGGAAAGAGUUAAUGGUAUUGAUCAUCCAUACACUAUCACGGAAUAUAUUCAUUUAGCUUUAUAUUCUUUCGCAAAUGGUCAAGUAUCAGUAUCGUUACGACUAUUGUAUAGAGCACGUUAUCUCGCAUUAUUAGUUUGCGGAGAAGAUCAUCCGGAAGUAGCUCUUCUCGAUAGCAACAUUUCUUUAAUAUUACACGCCGUCGGGGAGUACGAAUUAUCGCUUAGAUUUUUGGAGCAUGCGUUGGAUUUAAAUCUUCGUUAUCAUGGUCCACGUUCAUUAAAAGUAGCAGUGUCCUAUCAUCUCGUAGCAAGGACCCAAUCAUGUAUGGGUGAUUUCCGUGCAGCUUUAAAUAAUGAAAAAGAAACUUAUGCAAUUUACAAACAACAAUUGGGUGAAGAUCAUGAAAAGACAAAAGAAAGUAGCGACUGUUUGAGACACCUCACUCAACAAGCUGUUGUUUUGCAAAAGAAGAUGAACGAAAUUUACACGGGAAAAUCUGGUGUUACAUUACCACCUAUUCAAGUUCAACCACCUAGUAUGGGUUCAGUUCUCGACAUGUUGAACGUUAUCAAUGGAAUUCUUUUUGUACAAAUCAGUCAACAGGAUAUUGAAAAUUUCAAAGCGGAAAUAGAAAAACGACAGAAGGAACAAACACCAGACAAUGAAAACAAAGCGAUUGAACCCGCUGAAAGUAAGAAAAAUGAUAAAGAAAAUCGAAAAGUUGAACAACCAAAGUCCGAAGGUAAAAAGUUAGAAGAGAAUAAAACGGCAACGUUGGAACCAGUAAUAACAGAAAGCUGAACUUUUUAUGCACAUGCACAGAGAUAGAAAGAUGAGUUAAGUAGUACCAUUUUCAAAUCCUAGUCUCUCUCUCUGAUCAUGCCAGCGUUUAAUCCUUUGAAUAAAAGGAUAACGCUUAUACGAACACACAUAUACGAUUGGGAUUAAAGUCGGAGUGGUGGGGCGCAGUGUCUUUGUAAUAGGAUUGUCAAAUAGUGCAUUAUAUUUGUUUAUAGUGCUAUAAUAAUGUUGGAACUUUUGCAGUGCAGUGUUUUAAAGUCGUAAUUCAAUAAUGUGGAAAAGGAACGACGCAUUUGGAAAAAAAUAAAAAUACAAAAAUGAGAGAUAAAAGGAAAAACAAACAAAAAAACAGAAUAAUUUUCAUCGAGAUCAAAUCUGUGACGUUUGCUCUUUAAAAAAA